UCUCCCUCCACUGCCACAGUUGAAAAAUAACUACCCACCAAGAGGCAAGAGUUGCUAGGGUCCUUGUCCAGCUAUCAAAUACCACCUUUCUAACCAUUCCAUUAUUCUCUCCAAGAAAGCUCAUCAAGAUUCACUCUCAUCAUCUUCUCCAAAAUGCCAAGCCCCUUCUCUAUCUUUUCUCGCAGCAACACCACCAAACAAACACCUAUCCCAUUCAAAGACUACUACACAAAGUGGUUCAACACUCUCAAGAACACACUCCUCCCUCUCCUCCAUCAUUCCCUUUCCAGCUCUCCUUCCUCUCCCACUCUCCUCUCCUCUCACCUCCACCUCAUCCUCCACCACCUCCUCUCUUACUACGAGUCUCUUGACCUUGCUGCCACCACCAAUACCAAAAAUCUUCCUCACCUUCUUUACCCUUCUUGGAGAAACCCCCUUGAAACACCCUUCUUGUUUCUUGGUGAUCUUCACCCUUACGUAUUCACUAACCUCCUCAGGUCAUUUCUUGAUGAAGCAGACAGUGAUGAAGACACCGAAAAUAACCUUAAAGUUUUAGUCUUUGAUAGGCCUUGUCAAGUGGUGAUGGCAUGGAAAGACCCUUCAAAGCAUUUGAUGAUCAAGAUUGAGCAAAUUGAGCGUGGACUAAGGUUAAUGGUACCUGCACUUCUUGAUAGAGUGAAAAAAGCACAGUCAGGAUUUGCGGGGAAGAUUGCAGAAGAAUGGGUGAAUAGUGAGAGAAAGGAAAAAAUGGAUUUUAGUGAGGCAAUGAAGGCUGAAAUGGAGGAGUUAGUGACUGUGUUUUUGCAUGCUAAUAGGUUAAGAAGAAGUGUGAUAUCAGAGAUUGUUGCUGCACUGAAUGUUUAUCAGGGGGCUUUGUUUCUUGAAGGAUUAGCCCAAUUUCUUGUUGGGUUUCAGGACAAGAAUUUGCUCCGUGAAUUCGAAAGAUGCAAGACUCCUAUCAGUGAAAGAGUUGGCCACUGACUAAUUUAUCUUAUUAUCUUUUCCUGGUCUGCAAUGUGUGCGAGUAUUGAAAGACUCUGCCUCUUUGGAACUCCAUGGGCAUUGCGAAGAAGCUUGAGUACCAGUUGUAAUUCUUUAACGGGAGUGAGCAUGACUUUUAUGUUAGACUCUAUUUCUAGAAGAAAUUUCAGUACUGUUUCUACUUUGUGGCGUGUUGAGGUUUUGAAAUUCUUGUGCAUGUCUUUGUUGCCCCGUUGUUUUUGAACUUCGAAACCUCCAGAAAGUUUGAAGGCAAUUUCCUUUUUUUAAGCCCCUUGCUGACAGGGGAUUUAGAGUUAGAAAACAAAAGAUGGACUAGCUGCCAGUAUAUAAACCUCAAUGUACUAGCCAUUUCUUAAGGCUAGAGAAAUUGAAGUGAUCAGCGUUCUCGACUACUGCAAUAUUUUUUCUGUGUAUAAUUUAAGAUUUCCUUCGUUUCAAAUAAUGGCCAUGAUCAGGUUUUGGGCUGUUUUGUUACGCCCUCUUUUACAAUAUACAUGCUGGCCUUACAGGGUGACACAAAGGUGUCCUAUAGGCUAACUUAUACCAAAUAAAGCCCGAUUGAUUUUCAAUCUUAAUCUGGAUGGCCCAUAAAUUGAUAAAUCAAACCCACACAUUAUUUUAGCAGAUAGCUUUACCUGAUGUUCCUCCAAGUUGUU